AUGCCCAACACAGACACGGACAAGGGUUUCAGAAAAAAUUCAGAAACAAGGGAGAACCAUCGCCACAAGGUCCGCCUCGCGCUGCCGUUCCUCAGCACCCGCCGCCAAGCUGCUGCAACCCGGCGGUCCGCGUCAUCGUCCUCUCCAUCUCUGCGCGAGGAAUUGAUCCGAGAGCACACGUAUGCGACGAACUCGUCCUCGACAUCCCCUCCUACUGGCGGCGUACUUCAUCGACUCCGGCGGUUCCGCGACUCCUUCGACGCUUCUGAGCACGGCUCCAUGAUCCUGGUCCUCGUCGCCGGCCCGCUCCGUCUGCCAUCCGGCCAAACCUCCGCCCGUUUCUGGCUCCCCAUGGACUUCCACAUCGAGCGCUUCUCGUCCCCAAGCCGCUCGAGCUCUCCUUCAUCGUCCCUGUCCCCGACCACCGCAUCCGCCACAGGACUUGCGGUCAAGUUCGUCGUCCUCUCCACGCGUCGUUGAGCGCCCCCGAGCCGUUCGCUUCACCGUCGAACUUCCAGGGUG